AUGAAGUUACCUGUGCUCUAUACGUUUCUAAUACUGAGCUUUUCCCAUUAUAUGGGUUAUGGUAGUCCUCAUGGUCACGACUUUGUGCUUAAUUUCUCCAAUCUCAAUACUACGCAUGCCUAUAAAUAUGAGAGUUCUGAGGGUAAUAUUACCUAUAUUACCUACUUUCCCUGUUAUGACGGUCUGUUUCACAAAGUUUUGGAUGGAAUACAGGUUCUCUGGGAAGCUUCUGGACCUGAGAGGUGUAGAGUAGUAUUCGUGAGAUCCAUAGGUGAUUACACCCUUGCUACCUUGUAUGUUUGGUAUUUUUCCGGGAAGUCUGAGCUGAGGUAUUUUAUGAAAAAGGAUAGGAAAUGGGAGUUUAUAAGAAUGGAUCUCUCCUCUGGCUAUGACAGACCUCAAAAGAUUGAAAAGCCUAAAGUUGCAUGGUCAAGAAGGGCAUCAAGAGACGAGCUAGAGGCUUCAGAAUCUACCACAAGGGACAGAAAUUUUGAGACACAAAAAAUGGAUGAUUCAUCCUCAGGCACUGAAAUCCCUGGAUCUUCUUCAGAAGGGUCAGAGCUCGAUAACCCAUUUUCAAACUCCCCCAAAGAUUAUGAUAUGUCAGAGGAUGGAGGCUCAAAAUCUAAAUUUUCACAUAAAAAGUACAUCUCACCAACUAGAGCUAAAAUGGCUACUCCAGACAUAGAGGUCAUCCCCGAGGGAAAUGAAGGGCAAAAUUACGGGGAAUCUGAUGAAAUGGAAAUAGAUGAAUACUCUCCUAUGGAUCUAUCUCAAAAGAGCCUUGGAAAAUAUCCCGGUGGAUCCAGAGAAAACCUAAGGGCUACUCCUAAAAAUGCUGGAGCAAUGGCUAGAAACGUUUCUCAUGAAGCAAUAAAAGGUGAACGAGUUCUUUUGCCAUUUUCAGAACUACCUACAACUCUCACUGAACGAUGCAAAAAAUUCGAUGAAAGGCUAUUUGAGGUAAAUGAAUAUUACUUGAAUGGCAUUCCAUUUUUGACCUGCAAAGCAAAGCAUAGGAUUCUAGCUAAUGAAUUAAGAUGUGGUGACGAGACAAUCUGGAGGAGCUAUAAAAGUUAUAUUUCAUUAGCCCUAGUCUAUUUUGAUGGUGAUAGCCCAGAAGUUGUAACGUUGCAAGCUGAGAAGGAUGGGAAAGACGACCUUGUAUUUCUCUAUCGCGAUAAGAAUCGUUGGCUCAAGGGUAAGAGGCAGCAUAUGAAUAGACUUGAGCAGUUAUAUGAGAAAAGUAUCUCUAAACUCCCUGAGAAGGUUUAA